AGAGAGAGAGAGAGAGAGAGAGAGAGAGAGAGGAUGAUGGCGUGUGCAUGUGAUCACCAGCCUCACCUCCCCUGUUUGCAUUGCCAACCACAGAGCUUCAUUACAAUGGUGCAACAUAUGAUAGAAAGGUGCUUGCUCUUUCAUAUGACCAGAGAUGACUGCAUUAGAGCACUUGCCAAGAAUGCUGGCAUCCAGCCACUCGUCACCAGUACCGUUUGGGAAGAGCUAGUUAAAGAGAACAAGGGCUUCUUCCAAGCAUACCACCAAGCUCUUUCUCCCAGGAACUUCAACUGUCAAACGAGCUUACGAGAGGGUACUCAUGAGUCUCACGAGGCGGCCGCAGUGGAGGUGAACGAAAAAAGUCCCGGUCGAAUUCAUAUCGUCCAACCAGAAGAAUCUCAGUUGUAAUUAGAUUUAGGGCUUUUUAGGGCACAUUUACCUUGUCAAAUUAGUAGAUACAGUAAGUCUCUUAACUCUGUCUCAAACAUAGUAGAGAGAGUACUCUGUCUUCACUAUAGUACAAGGCUUCUUAGAAGAUUAAGGUAGUUUCCAUUACAAAUGCCAAUGCCUAUGUUGCUGAGUACCAUUCAAUUGAUUGACAUUACUACACUUUUAAA